GGAAGCUUUUAUAUAAAAAAAGAAAAAGCGAGUCUCUGCUGACUAAUCUUGGAUUGAAACCGAAAGAAGUGUGUUUUUUGCGGAGCUACAAGCUGGACGGAUUCCCAGCUCUCUGGCAGUGACUGACGCUUUAUCGGAUUAUCAUGGAUGUCUCAGAGGAGGACGACUACUACUACCAUGAAAACAUCAGCUUCAACUUUAGCUACGACGACUACCCCACCCUCUGUGAGAAGCGCGACGUCCGGUCCUUCGCAGCCCUCUUCCUCCCCAUCAUGUACACUGUGUGUCUGGUGGUGGGGCUGGCAGGAAACGGCUUGGUCGUGGCGGUCUACGCCUACCACAAACGCCUCAAGACCAUGACGGAUGCCUUCCUGACCCACCUGGCUGUGGCCGACCUGCUGCUGCUCUUAACGCUUCCUUUCUGGGCUGCUGAUGCUGCGAGGGGCUGGGAGCUGGGCGAGGUCAUCUGUAAGAUCGUGUCGGCCUGCUACACGGUCAACUUCACCUGCUGCAUGAUGCUGCUGGCCUGCAUCAGCCUGGAUCGUUACUUGGCGCUAGCCAGGGCGCAAGGUAAAGAGCAGAGUCUGCAGAGGAUAUUCACCAGGAAACACUGCUGGAAGAUGUGCUUUGUUGUUUGGGCGACAGCAUUCAUUCUUGGACUUCCUGAUUUAAUACUCUCAGAAGUAAGAUGGGCGUCUAAUAGGAGUGUCUGUCUGGCUAUAUACCCUACAUCGAUGGCUCGAGAGGGGAAAGCUGCUCUGGAGAUCGUAGAGGUGCUGCUGGGGUUCCUGCUCCCACUCCUGGUUAUGGUGAUGUGUUACUGGAGUGUGGGCCGGGCACUGAAGGGUCUCCCCGCGGAGAGCAGAGGCAAGAAGUGGAAAGCUCUACGUGUCCUCCUCACAGUAGUGGGGGUGUUUGUGGUCACUCAGCUGCCUUAUAACGUGUUGAAGGUCUACCAAGCGAUGGACUCAGUCUAUGCCUUAGUGACCCACUGUGGGACGAGUAAAGUGUUGGAUCAGGCGGCUCAGGUGGCGGAGAGCUUGGCCCUCAUGCACUGCUGCCUCAACCCGAUUCUCUACGCCUUCGUGGGGUCGUCCUUCAGGCAGCACAUGAUGAACGUGGCCAAGAAGUUUGGGGAGAAGAGAAGAAAGAGGAGGAAGAGGAGGGAAAAUCCUGCUGAGGAAGAGAUAGAGAUGUCAUUUAACUCCCACAGCGCCUCCCAAGAGACGAACACAUUCUCAAUAUGAGUCAAGACGAGAGAAACAUCACAUUCAACAUCACUUAUUUAGUAAAGUAGAAGAGCAGAUUCAGCAGCAGCAGAGGAAUGUGUGGAAAUCAUUAGGAUGUACAAUUCCACUGACAUUUUAACACUUAUUCUCUCCACAUCCAAAACAGGAAGUUGUUAUUUUCAAAUAUUUUCUUCCUCCUGUUUGAGAAAAGUUGCUUUAAGCAAAGUAUUCUUGUUUACUUUCGAAGACCAAAGAAUUGUAUGUUUUUUUUCUGUUGUGAGUUUUGAAUGAAAAAGGGAUUUCGAGGAAUGUUUUGUUAGUUUUUAUGCCCUGGUCCAGACGAAAUAAUAAUACUGUAUUUUUUAUAUUUGUCAUGAAAACGCUCUUUGCAGGAUAGCUUACAAGCUAAAAUUGGUUGUUUCCUUGUUUUUCCAGAUCUAUUCUAUCUAUUCCUCCAGGAGUUUACGAGACACAUACUUUUAAAAAGGUUUGUCCAGCUGCCACACAGUAAGGAAGCACACAUAAGAUAAAUACUUGAACUUGAUACUCUUCAUUACACACUAAAUAGAAAAACUGGAGCUUUGCUCUUUUGGGAAAAACAACUUUGUAACUGCAACUUGUUUAAAAUCCUGAUUGUUUUAAGUGUAAUCAACUUAAGUAAAUACUCCUGAUUCACUUGAUGUUAAACAUCUGCACAGCCUACAAAGCAGAUGUACUACACAUGCCUGUACCACUAUAUGAAGUGAAGAAGCAUGACUUUUAAACUCUAAUAUUGUAUCAGUUGAACUUUCUGAUGUUCUAUGUCUCAGCUCAAGAUGA